UGCUAAAGGCUGAGCAGUGGGGAGGACGACAGCAGGAGGGGAGCUGGGGAUACUGGGAUCUGCAGGAGGAAUCCCCCCCUCUGUCUGCCUUUCUGUAUUUAUAUAUUCCUCCUGUAUAUACAGUAACGUGCUUCAUUCCUCUCCUUUUGUAUCUGUCCUCUCACAUGUUCCCUGCUUUCCACUGUUAGCUCUUGUCUCUAGCUUAGGUUGGACUGCACACAAUUUUUUUACACUUUGGUCCUCACCUCUCCACUUUACUUUCUAUGGUUACUGCUCUUUGUCCUUCACUCGAUUUACCUUUCUUUCUAAAGUUUCUUCUUAUAAAUCCUUGUCUAUAUCAUCCAUUUUACUUUAGUUUCCGAGUCCUAUUUCUUCUUAUCUCCUAACUCUCAGCAUCCUUCCAAAUGGGGACAGCUAUUUGCCAAGAUGGGGAUCUAGAUUUUCGCCUGAUUUUUGGCGAAGAAGAUUCAGACUCUCCAUCGCCCAGGAGUACUCUGCACACAGCUGAUCUGGAAUCAGAUGACCCCUCACUAUGCAAUGAUGUGACCACAGAUACCCUGACACUUAAUCUAUCUAAUACCUGUGUGGCUGGUGGAGGAGGUAGUGGAAUGGGAUGUGCAAGGGCAGGCAUGCACUCACCACCCCCCAGACGUUCAUCAGAUCAUGAUAUAAAUGGAACAUUCCUCAGCCAGCCAUCUAGGUUCAUUCCACUGGGGGGAUCACGCUUCCUGGAGUGUCCCAGUAUACGUAUAACAAGUGAUUCACCCUCAAACAGUGAUGGAGAACAGGAAGAGCAAGGCAGAAGAGAUAUUUGGGAUGAAAGACCACAUCGUGAUCAACUCUUCUUGCCCCCCGAUCCAUUUGUGUAUCGGGACUCUUUCCUUAGCCCCAGCCCAGCAAGUAGCCAUUCUUCAUGGAGCAUUCUUUCUUCUGAAGCAUCCUCUUGUGAUUCUCUAGGACAAAUGUGUGAAGAGGUGGAAAGGGAGCUUAACGAAGCUGCAUCUCGAUUCACACUAGCAUCCCCUCUUGGAUCGCCAAGAGGUUCACCAAAACCCUGGAGUGUUCAUAAUGAUGAAUUCUGGCCAAGUGGUCCUUCAGUUCCUCCAGCUUCAUCUCGAGAAGAACUACUGUCACCAUAUCCUCAAGGUCAAAUUUCAAGGCCUACUUCACCAUGUGGCAAAAGGAGGUAUUCAAAUUCUAAUGAAGAUAGUAUCCACCAUACCAGCUCACCUUCCCCUUCUCCUUCACGCAGGGGUAGCCUGGGAGAUGAAAAUCUCUCUUCUGAAGCAGAGGCUUCUCCUAAGCCACCCGAGCACAACCAACAAACCAUAUCAAACUCUCAAGAAAGAGGAGAUAACAUUCCCCAAAAAGCAAGGAGAACUUCAGCAGAACAAACAGUUGCCCCUGUUAGGCCCGAAGAAUCUUCCAGUCCAGCAAAGACUUUUUCCUCUGGAGCAUCUGUAUGUCUAAGUGACGAGAACAAUGUGCUGUUCCCUCAAACCAGGAAAGAAAAUGCGGGGAUGGAUUAUUUGGCUGUGCCUUCAGCAUUGGCCUGGUCAAAAGCAAGAGUGGGAGGACAAAGUCCUGUUUUUAGGUCAUCCUCUUUACCACCUUUGGACUGGCCACUGCCCUGCCAAUAUGAAGGCUUAGAACUGAGAAUAGAGGUACAACCCAGGACCCAUCAUCGAGCUCAUUAUGAAACAGAAGGGAGCCGGGGUGCAGUGAAGGCUUCACCUGGAGGACAUCCUAUUGUCAAGCUUUUAGGAUACAAUGAAAAGCCUCUUACUCUUCAGAUGUUCAUUGGCACUGCAGAUGAGCGCAACCUGAGACCUCAUGCCUUCUACCAAGUUCAUCGGAUCACAGGAAAAAUGGUUGCUACACCAAGUUAUGAAGCCCUUGUAGGAAGCACCAAAGUUUUGGAAAUGUCUCUUCUGCCUGAGAACAACAUGUGUGCCAAUAUAGACUGUGCGGGAAUCUUGAAACUCCGGAAUUCAGACAUCGAACUUAGGAAGGGAGAGACAGAUAUUGGCCGCAAAAACACACGUGUCCGCCUUGUUUUCCGGGUGCACAUUCCACAAGGAGGAGGAAAAGGCAUCUCUCUACAAGUGGCCUCCAUACCUAUAGAGUGCUCUCAACGUUCUGCUCAAGAGCUCCCUCAAGUGGAUAACUAUAGUCUCAGCGCAUGCUCAGUCAAUGGCCGUGAAGAAUUGCUACUAUGUGGUUCCAAUUUCCUUUCUGACUCAAAAGUUGUCUUCAUAGAGAAAGGUCCAGAUGGAAAACUUCAAUGGGAAGAGGAAGCAAAAGUAAACAGACUAAAGAGCAAUGAGUCUUUGCUGUCUGUACAAGUCCCAGAAUACUGCAAUAAGGAGAUCACAAGACCCCUGCAAGUCUACUUCUAUAUUUCUAAUGGGCGUAGGAAGAGAAGUCCUAUGCAGAGUUUUCGCUACCUACCAAUCAUAUUUAAAGAGGAACCACUUCCUGAAAUGACCUUACAUAGAUUUCCUUCUUCUUCGCUUCCUCCUCCAUCUCACAUAAAUUUAGACCCUGGUCAUAUGGAGUUAUCCACAUCAUUUGAGUCUCCUGUAACGCCAAAUUUAUCUGAAGCACCUAUGGAGGUGUCUCCUUAUUAUAUUUCUCCACACCAGGAAAGAAUGUUUUCAGGAGUUUCAGACUGUAGUGCAGGCAAUAGUCCUUUUUUAGGUUGCUAUUUUAAUCCAACAGUCCUUUCUGAAUUGAAAUGUCCACCAUCCUACCCAGAGAAUGGUGGUGACAUGUCUAUAACUCUGCCAUUUCAAACAAUUAACUCAGCACUACCACCUAGUCCGGUUCCCUGGUCCCCACAGCCACGUUCAUCCCAUCCCACUAGCUCAAAUACGUUUGGAACCUUACAUCCACAUUUAAACACCAACAACAAACUGGAGGAGAGGGGAACGGGUUCUCAUGCAAAUUACCAAUCUUCUCCUAUUUUGCCAAGUUUAGAAUUUGAUAGUACUCAACAUUUUGGCCCAGGGUAUGAGCCUUAUCCAUCCUGCCCUCCUCCUACAUACACCACAUUAGGUGAGGUUAAUAGCUUAGACACCAUGCACUCUAAACAGUCUACAGCAUCUCCAGAAAUAAGCAGAACAGAGCAAAGUACAAGCAAUCAACAAUUUACUCAAAGCACGCUUUCAAAUCACUCUACCAAUCCUGUUCACCCUUUAAGAUCAAAAAUAGAUGAAGUGGGAUCAGUGAGUCACACAGGCUUUUCCACUUCCAAUUCAAGUUUAUCUUUAUCCUGUAAAGAUAAUGGUGGGUCCCAAACAUUUUCUACAGACUACCAUAAUAUGUCUUCCUGUAGCUCUUCCCAACUCACCACCUUGUGCCCAUCAACACAUCCUGCUACCUUCUCCUCUUCUCCUUCUCCAACCAUCCCUAGUACUCCAGAUCCUGGUCAUGAGGGUACCUCUGAUACUACAGUUUGUAUCCCAUCCAACCGAAAUGAAAAAGAUGUCUGUUAUCAAGAACAUUUGGAAGAAUAUACCAAGUGUGCCAACAGUGGAGGUGGAGAGGUGAGAAAAGAACAUAGCCAAGUUUUUGAAAACCCUUUCCAUCCAAUACCAAUCCAGGGAAUCACACUGGAAGAAGUAAGUGAAUUUAUAGGUCAAGACCUGCACAGUUUUCCAGAGAGGCAUCAGAAUUGAAGCAUGGCAUCAAAUCAAAAAUAACCAUUCCAUUAGGAAAAAACACAUUUUCACAGUCAAUGAAUCUAAAUCCAACCGUCGAUGGAAGAACUAGGAUCUUCUGGAUAUUAUCUUGCUGAAAGGACUUCUCAACUAGCGUCUUCUACACUUUUUUUAUAUGGUGGAAACAAAUGGCAUGUAUUUUACAGUCGGCUGGUUCAGGCUACCAAAGAUCUACAAAAAGGAUCCAAUUCAAUCAUUUCUUCAGGGCAUAAAAAUGACACACAAAAAAGUUGUGAAAAUCAAGAGAACAAACCAGGGAUACAUAGGGAAAACCACCGAUUACCAUACUUUAUGAUUUGGUCUUACUGGUGAUAUGUGAAAUGUAGGGCCAAAUGUUCCACAAUCUACAUAUUAUCAUCACCACAUGUAAAGUGACCUUAAGUAACUUUCUUUUACCAUUUAGCUACAGAUGGCAUGUGCGACUGUGCAAACAUUUUAAUGCCUUUCCUUUACGGGAAUGUAAGUCAUCUGGUUUCAUUUUCUUGAUAUAUUUAUGGUCUUCUCUAUUCCGAUAUUAUGUGUCUGUUUGUAAAUCAUAUGUGCUCCGAUCUGAACCUGACUACUGGUGCAUUUUGUUAAAACCAAAAAAUUCAUGAGUAGGCUGUUCUCCUAGAAUAUAUGUGCCAAUGCCAACAGUGGAGAGGAAAGGACAAUAUGCACUAUGUUAGAAUACCACCACAGACGGGACACAUGAAUACAUUUUGAUGGAGAGACACAGAAUAUAGAAGUGACUAGCAUACUUUCAGCAGUGCUUUCCAAUAGAUCUUCAGAAUCUAAUCAGGGUUUUUUGUUUUUUUUAGAACACAUCAGCAAGACCUGUCACAUGUAUUUACCAGUGGCACAUGAAUCUCAGUGAUACUUGGCUCAACACAUCUCAGCCAGAAUAUAGUGCAAGAAUUAUAGAAUGCUAUAACCAACCUUACAUGAAGUAGAAUGAGUACAGAGUAUCCCUGGGAGUAAUACAACUGUUUGGGAACAUCCAGCAUCAGCACUCAUGUUUUCUGGAGUAUAUAGUCUGCAUUUCCAGUAUGCUAUUUAUAUUAAAAUACUCAGGAAGCAAAGCCACAGGGCUAACAAUAUUAAGCCAUUCCUAUUUAUGGAUUUAGGCCCUUAUCUAUAGUAAUUUGUUAAAUAUUCUACAUAUCCUGAUAUUCUAUGUGAAACUGGAGGCAAAAUCUACAAAAAUUAAUAAUUACAAUUUCUGUCAAACUCAGGGGAUGACCCAAAGUCAUUACAGCCUUAUACCAUAACCCAUCGUUAUAUACAGUACAUUCGGAAAAUCUUCAGGCCUCUGCACUUUAUUCACAGAUUUUCCUAUGUGGCCUUGUGCUAAAAUAAAAAAAACAAUUCGAGUUUGUACCCUUCAUUCUACACUUAAUACGUCAUAAUGACAAUGUGAAAACAGAAUUUGCAAAAUCUUUGCUAAUUUAUUGAAAAGGAAAAACUAAACUCUUGCAUUGACAUGUACUAAGAAC